AGCAGCGGCCGUAGAAGGAAGCAUAUGAGUGAUUGUGACAUGAACAUUCCAUGAGUCUUGUACGAUCGCGUCGCGUUGGAAAGUUCUUGCUUGGAGACGUAGUCGUAGUCGGUGGUGGUCAUCGCAGGGAAAAAGGGGUAGUUGUAUUGGUAGCGCGCGAGUGACCGACCUAAACUGUGUCACACCAGACUGGAUAGUGUCGAUACUGCCAAACAAAAGCCACCUUCCAGAACCGAUCACGUAAGCAGUUCUUGGUGCAGCAGACGCGAACGAUCGAGCUGCAUGUGCAGGUGAUCCGUGCGAAUUCUGCAAAGUGAAGGAAACAAGCAAACAUUUGUGUGUUUUUUGCUGCCAAACAUUUCGCUUUCGUGUGCAGAGCAGGUUGGGAUAAUGCCCCAGGCUAGGACGGCAGGUGUCGCUGCAGCAACCCGGAACGAUCGACCCCAGUUGGAACUUUGAAGCUGAACCGGAACUAUUCCCGCCGAUCACCAAGAUGAGUCUGAAGACGCGCGGGAUCGUGUUUGCCACGUUCUUCGGCAGCUGCCUGAUCGUGGGCCUGCUGGUGGCCGCCCUCACCACCGACAACUGGGUCCAGUCGGGGGCGCGGCGGUACAACUCGACGGAAUCGCAGGGCCGCGUCCACUUUGGGCUGUUCAGUGGCCAGAAGCACCUGAACGUGGCGUACGGCUGGCGGCAGCACGACAUUGACGUCCUCGCCGUCAUCCGCGACGAACCGGACGUGAUGAGCUACUGGCUGUGGCUGGGCACGGCCAUCGGAGCGGGCCUGGGUGCCCUCGGCGGUGCUAUCGGUGCCAUCGCUUCGGUCCUCAAGUCGUCGUCCGCCUCGAAGAAAACCGGCACGCUGAUGGUGCUGUUCGUGAGCAACUUUCUGUCCGGAAUCUCGCAGGUGGUGUCGUUUGCCUGCUGGCUCGUCCAGUUCGUGCAAUACCUGCAGCACAACGUGCUGGUCGUCGACGAUCGGAAGAACAACUGGUACAGCGUCGGGUUAGCGUCACUCGGGACGAGCUUUUACUUUGUGGUGGCCGGAUUUGUGGUGGUUGUGAUCAAUCUGAUUCUGCUGACCGUGGCCACGCGAAUGGAGAAACGCGAACGGACCCAGGUGCUGGACGUUCCGACGGACGAGAAGACACAAGGCGCCAUUAUGCUUUAUUGAGGAGGAGGAGGAGGGGAGUGAGACAUCACCUCAAACGAAAGAAUACCAUACACCAACUCAAAUGGAACUUUUACGGUCCAAUUUUACAGUUUUUAUUUUAGCGCUAGAGCUUUUAAAGAUUUUUAUUUUUAAUCAGUGAAUCUCGUUGCGGAAAAUAACCUAAGUUAGCCAUACGUUGGAACUAAAGAUAUGAAAAAGAAGUAUAUUUUUAACGAAGAAAUUAAACUUAUCGAUUAGGAUUAGGAAAAGAACAAUUUGCGGAAAAUUGCUUGUCAUAAAUUGAACUAAUUCUUUGUUCAAAGAAGAAUUUACACUCUAGCUACUUGAAAACGAAAUAAACGCUAUUUCUUUUAAACAAAACCAUA